AUGACAGCCUCCACAUCAAAAUCUCUCUUCACAAUCCACUACUUCGCCGCCGCAAGCACAUUCACCUCCAAGAACACAGAGCUCCUCCCCGCCCCACUCCGCCUGACAGACCUCUUCCCGGAGCUGGAGAGGAGGUAUCCCGGAAUCCGGGAGAAGGUGCUGACUUCGUGCGCGGUGAGUCUGAAUGGAGGCUAUGUUGAUCAGAAUGAGGGUGGGGAUUCAGCCCUAGGGGGUGACGGGGGUGUUGUUAUUGAAGAUGGUGAUGAGAUUGCUAUUAUUCCGCCCGUUAGUUCGGGAUGA